UGUGGUAUUAUAAUCAAAAUGUACAGUUAUUCACUAUUGGUAAUUUUGUUAAGCUUGCAUACUGCACGAUAUAUCACACUGCAAUACCACAGUUUUACCACAAGGUGGAAACAAAAGCUAAUGUUACAUUUUUUGUAAAAGUCCGAACAUUAAGAUAAAGUUAAACAUAGCAGUUAAACUACAGUUUAAUGUAUUGGUAUCUGUAAACUCUAUGGGCCAUAUUGUCAAUAGUACUAAUUGUAUUUUUAAAAGAGAACCAAUCAAAUAUAAGGCAUAUUUCAUACCCACCGCCUGAGAAAAUAGAUGACUACACUACCCACAAUUCCAAGAAAGUUGUUACUAUGGAAACGACUGUGAUGCCACACUUCCGGAGUUGUCACGGGGCGCAAAUGUUUGAUAGUUUAGAAUAGUUUGUACCAUUAACGUUGUAUUACAUAUAAACCAUAUUAUAGAGGCGAAUGAGCGAUUUGGUGCCGUCAUGUGCGAGGGGUAAAUCAAGACAGUUAAAUACCGAGUGCGUUUCACCGUUUGUUGUAUUGAACACUCGUGGUUUGGCGCUGCUAAAGCGCGCGACUUUUCAAAGUGGGCGAGUCUUUUUCCAAGAAGGACGUUUAUCCGGUUAGCCUCUGUUAGCUUAGUAGCAUUCUUCCAUAAACACUACUGUUUGGUUACAUGCAUAAUAAUUAGCCUUAAACAUUUUACUAGCUGACGGACUGACAGCUUCUAAAUACUUAUUUAACACCAUGACAAAGUAUGUUUCGUGCGUUUCGGGCUCGUUGCUAACGGCUCUGAACGCUAGUACUUAACAUUAGCAAGUGUUAGCUCUCCGUACUGUAAACAGUGAUGAAGUUAGCGGAUUAGCUAUCAACAUUAACAUAGGUUUCUAAACAACGGAAACUUCUGUCGCUUUCUAUUGGCAGGUUGUGCAUCAUGUCUAUUGACUUUGACAGUGCGGCUCUUCAAACCCAACAUGAAGAGGAAGAAUACGACCAAGAGGACUAUGCCAGAGAACAAGAGCUGCACAAACUGCUCACAGACCUGCCUGAUGACAUGCUGGAGGACAGCAGAGACUCCUCCUCUCCAGAGCUGGAGUACUCCACCUGCAGCAAUAAAAACACAGGCAACAGUCCACAGUCAGCAUGGACUCAGAAGUGGUCAGAUCAGACAAAGCCAAACUCUCAUGAUCAGGGGUAUAAAGAUGGCUAUGGUCAACACUCCUAUGAUGAGUAUGGUCAUCAGAAUGGAGCAGUUAACAUCAAUGGACAUCAGCGGCACCCUCAAAAUCAACCACUGCCUCACACCUGGAACCAGGAUCAAUCAUUCACCCAGGGAGACUAUACAUAUUCAACCAUGGGUACAGAACAUUCUACGGAGACAAAUGACUUUUCCAUGGAUGAGUACGUGUCUAAACCUUACCAAGGCACCAAUAACCAUAUAGAACAUAACACAAAGGGAGGACAGCCAAGCCAUGGUGACCAUAACAUCAGAAAUAAUUUUCAGAAUUUGGAUUCAGGAGCUGCUGAUGCAGGUGUAAACCAUUUUAAGGUCAGCUACAGUCCUCACCAUCCUGCUCAUCAGGUCCAGAUGUUUAACUCUCAGACCGCUCAACAAAAAGGUCAAUUUGAUCAAUUGCAAAGAGAAUUUCUUGACUCGACGCAGCAAACCGCUGACAGGGAGCAGCUUGCUCAGCUGCAGAUUCUAAACAAAGCUUACCAGCGGCAGAUUCAAGACUUGGAGCAAAAACUUGAAGAUUCAAGGCGUAAAAUGAGAUACGUGGAGCACCAGUUUGCAAUCAUUAAAGAUGAAAAGGAUGGCUUUGCAGUCAGUCUAAAAGAAUCACAUAAGCUGGUUGAAGAAGCCAAAGAAAAAGAGGUGCAAAUGCAAAACAAAAUCAGGACAAUGGAGCAACAAAUGAAAGUUCUAAAUGAAAGAGACCAGGAAAACACAAAAAAGCAGAGGAUUGCAGAGGCAGCAGUAGACAGCAUGAAGCAGCAGAUGCUGGAGCUUUGUCGGUCCGACACCCUUUCAAAAACAAGGGAGCAGCACGACAGGGACCUUGCUGUGAUGAAGGAGCAGCAUGAGGCUGUGCUGCUAGCCCUGCAGCAGAAGCUUGACUCUACCUCUCAAGAUCUGAACGAACAGAUUGACAUCGGCCAGAGUUUACGUGAGCAAGUAAAGCAACUGGAGCGCCAAAGAGAGACAGAACAGCUGGAACGAGCGAGAGUUGUAAAUACGCUCACUCAGCGUCUGGAGGAGAGUCAGCAACAAUGUGCAAAACUGCUGCAGACGAAUUCAGUGCAAGAGAUGAGUCAGAUGCAAAUUAAACUCCAACAGGCUCAAUCAGCCAAGGCAUUGAGUGAAAAUAUGACCAAAGUCUUACAGGAGGAUUUGGCUGAUUUAAAGGAGCAAAUCACUAUGUAUGAAUCUGCUGUGAAACAUGGCGUCAUCGCACUUGACCUGAGUAGUGACAUGGAGAGCCAGCUGUCUGAAUCAUGCAUGGAUUUGGGAUUAAAGAAGAUAAACAGGAUAAACGGCACACUUCACAGCACUGCUCUGGCUCACCUUUCGGACUCCAAGCUGCCAAAGGAUGAAGCUUUACGGCUGCUACGAGUAGAGAUGCAGCGCUGCCUGGCCAGUCUGAAGGGGAAGCGGCAGAAGAUAAGUCAGCUGCAGGAGGAGCUCCAGCACUGUCAGAGCCAAGUAAACGAGCUGGAGACCCAGUUAGAUGAAGCCAAGCUCAGCUCUUCGGUCAGAGACAUUGACCAGAUAACACAUCUAGAUGUGACUGGAGGGUCUAAAAAAGAACUGAUGACAUUACAGGAGGAUAAACAGCACUUGCAGCAGCAAGUGGAGCUACUAGAGAAGAAGAACAAGGAGCUAAUACAGAGUGAGGAAAAGGUUAGGUUGGCCAACACUGAGCUUUGCACCAAGAUGAGGGAGAUGAUCCAGGAGCUGGAUCAGGAGAAGCAAGAGGCUGCUGAGAGAUCUGAAAGGAUUAAUCAACAGUACAGGGACGAUGUAGUGAGUCGUGUCAGUGCAGAGCUCAUACAGGAACACAAUGCUCAGGUUGAAGAGCUGACUUCACAGCACCAGCAGGAAGUCCAGGAGCUGCAGACCAAGCUGUCUGAGGCCAAUGAUAAGAUGUUGGCUGUGCAGGAAUGUUACAUAGCUGUCUGCAAGGAGAAGGACAUGCUGGAAGAAAAAAUGUGCAAUAAGGAAAAGGAAGAAGCUUUGACCAGAGAAACCGAGAAAAAAAUAAUUGAGGAGAGUAACUCUGCUGUGGAGAAGCUGAGGGUUGAGCUCGAGGCUCAGCAUCAGGCUUCAAUAGAGCAGCUCAAAGCUCUUUGGUCUGAGGAGAAGGAAGCUGAGAUCCAGCAGCAGGUGGACUCAGAACUAGACUCAGCCAAGGCCACAUGGAAGGAGGAGCUGCAAAGUAUGGAGAUGACCUGGACACAAAGGUUGGAGGAAGUUAGGAGAGAGACUCAGAGAGAGACUGCUGAGGCAAGCUGUCAGACAGUCAAGACUGAGUGCAGCAGUGUGACAAUUACCACUGAAGAGCUGGAUUCCAGGCUCAGUGCCCAGAAACGGCAGCUGCAGAUGGAAGCUGACAAAGUCAAAAGCAAAGCUGUGGAGGAAGCGAGAAAACAAGCCCAGAGGGAGCUUCAUGAGAAACACCUGGAGGUGAUGGCCGAACAAGUUGAAGGUGCAGUGACCAGGGCCUACAAUCGCUGGAUUGAGGAUAUGACAUCGUUACCAGAAUACCAAGCCUCUCUUCAGACAGAAAAGGUGAAAUGGGAAAAACACACAGAACAACAGGCCCUGAAGGAAGCAGAGGAACAGUGGAACAAGAGGCAGAACAACCAGUUGGAGGAGCAGAGCUCUGAAGCGCUACGGCUGGAGGAACUUCAAGUAGAGGUGGUGACUCUUCAGACUCAGCUAAAGCAAGCGAGGAGAGAGCAAGCAGCCCUGCUCAAAGCUGAGCUGGCCGCCGCUAGAGCAGCGUGGAGCCGAGAAAAACAGCAGGAAAUCUCCAUUUUCCAGACUCGAACUGAGCAGGUGCACCAAGCCAAGCUGCAGGAACAGCGCGAAAACCUGGAGCAGACUCUACGGGAGGCCAGAGAGGACGCUGAUCGCCAGAAAAAGGAGCUGCUCCUGCAAAUGGAGGCCAAGCUGCAGCAGACUUUGAAGGCUCAGGAGGAGCAGUGGAAAUUUCAGCAUGCAGAGAGGGAGCUGACCCAUCGACAGCAGAUGAGGGAUGAACUGUUGGCAGAGCUUCAGACUGAACUGGAAAAGGUCCAAGAACAAUUUCUUAGGGAGCCCAAAACAGAUCAGCAGGCCACUGAAGAUGCAAAGAGAAUGAAUAGGGCCAUAGCCAAAGGCACCAUUACUCAGAUCCUUCAAACUUCAUGCAGAGACAUCGUCAACAGAGCAGUAUCCCAGGCCAGGAAGGAGUGGAAGAAAAUAAGUGAAGAGAGACUUGACCAUGUGUUAAAGGAAACAAGGGAACAGCAUCAAAGAGAAUUUAAAACAAUCCAAACUUCUCUGGCCCAGAACCAGCAGGCCUGUUGCAGGAAGGACUGUGCUGAGAAUCUUAGUAAGCUGCAGAAGAAGAACACCGAGCUCCAGAAAAACCUGCAGAAAGCCUGUCGCCAGCUCCAGCACAGCGUUCGAGAGCACAAAACCACCGUGCAGCACCUCAAAGAUGAGCACGAAAGCAUCUUACAAAAGGCAAAGGAGCAACAUCUGCAACAGCUGGAAGAUGCAAAAAGAAUCAGACAAUCAGGGAAUUCAGGUGAAGAGAAUCUUCAACGGGGCCUUGAGGAGAUGAAGCAACAAUAUCUGGUGACUGUCGAAAAAAUCAGAGGAGACAUGCUUCGGUACCUUCAGGAGAGUCGAGAGCGAGCAGCAGAGAUGAUCCGCGUCGAGGUGCAGAGGGAGAGACAGGACACCGCUAGAAAGAUGCGGCGCUAUUAUCUUAGCUGUCUGCAGGAGUUACUGCAGGACGGAGGGAAAACUACGGGAGCUGAAAAGAAAAUAAUGAAUGCUGCAAGCAAGUUAGCUGCCAUGGCUAAGGUGCUAGAGACACCCAUCAAAAGUAAAUCAGGGAAAAAUUACAGUGUAUCCAGCUGUUUGAUGUCCGUGUCUCCUGCUGAAUGCCUUUCAGGUAGAUCCACAGGUUUUAGUAAGAAUCUGCAAACACUAACUGAGCUUCCUGACAUCACUCCAGAGGAGAGGCCUCUCACUGAUCCAAAGCUGAAGUCAGCCAGGACUAAAGCUUUAGACCAUCAGGGCAUUUCUGCACCUCCGAAGGUGGACGCCUCAGCGGACACAGGGAUGAAACCUCAGGCUGCUGCUGACAGACACCUGCGCUCACGCAGACCUCUUCAACAGACCGCUUCUCCAUCUCAGGGCGAUGCAGCCAGUGUUUCUCCAAGGAGUCAGAGCAGGAAGCUGCACCUGCAGGGAGGAGAGCCCAACACAGAGGACAAGCACCUAGCCCUCAUUCAGGAGGCUCCUGUCAGAGACGAUAAACAGACCAACUGGAGCAUGACCAGCAGCGACUCUGAUAAAAGCUUCCAAGUCUCCAGAUUCUCUUUCUUAGGGAGGAAAGUAGAACAAGUGAAACCAUUUUCUGUCUCUGCUGCAUCAGCCAGUGACUUUCGAGACUUUGGUGGCCUCACCCCAGAUGUGUCCGACUUGACAGUUUAUAAUGAAAUUGCAAAGAAGACGCCUCACGCUGAGACCUUGGACUUUCAAAAUGCAAAGAUGACUACACGCAGAGAACCCACUCCUGGCUCUGAGGCGGAGAAGCAGCAGGGAGUUUGUUCCAGGCCUCUGUUCUCAGAGUUGAGACAGCGUCAGCAGGACAGCGGAUUUGACAGUCCGUUCUACCAAGGGAAAUGAUAACAUGGAGCAGGACUUUAACGAAUUCCCAAUGAGCUUUCAAUUCAAUGUAUGAAGUUUACAUUAUGUAGGAAAUACGUAAAUGCAGUGUUGAUGUCAUGUGGAAUAGUUUUACAAAGUGAAACAUGCUUUCUCUGCUUUCUUGUUACCAGUUAAAUAAGGUGGAUACCAUUCAUGGUUAAAAUGUGAAGCACAGCCAUUAGUGCCCGUUUUAUCACAGACAACCUGCUGUGACUAACAGGCAGAAUGUCUGGUUUUAUAUCAGCGUUGUAAAAGCGAUUGCUGGUGGACAUUUCACACACGCAGAUGCUGGUUUGAAUCACAGCCAGACACUCAGUAUGAUCUGGUUUAUAACCCAACAGAGGAUGUUUUAUUAACGGUCAGUCUGUGAAAACAGUUUGGACCUUACUGUCACUGUUUAGUGAUUGUCAUUUUAAGGAGAUUUGUUAUUCUUUAUAUUAAUGUAUUUUUAUGUUUUUGCCAUUUCAUUAAACAUUUAUAAUAUACAUUUGACUGGAACGAUUCCUCAGCUAACUUGAUUAAUAAAAAUCCCUGAUUCAA